AUGCUGGAGGGUCGCAGUCUUUGGUUUGAUAGGGAUGAUUCGGGUGAUAUGGCUACGCCAGACGCCGAAGUUCCAGAGCUUUUGAGCCUGAUCCCCACCUUGCCCGUUCUAACUGAACUGCACCUUGUAGAUCCCGAUCUGCGUGAGUGCCCUCAACAUACUAGUGGGCUUAUCGAAUUCAUUGGCCGCCAUUCCAAGACGCUGAAAAGAAUUUACCUCAUCUCUGUGAGCAUCAAGAAGUGGAUCCUCCCGGAGUUGGCGGCGAUCAAGUUAUCAGAGCUGGAACGAUUCGUUGUAGUUUCAAAGCUGGACAUGGACAAGGACGAGGAAAAGACUGAACAUGUCAGUGAAAAAAAGGCCAUUGACUACAUAAAAGGAAAGCCAAACGCUCGGAUACCUUACCAAGAAGGAGAUGGAGAGACGGAGCUGCACACACAUGAUGUUGAUACCUGGCGAAAGGGUUCUUUUGAGAAGCGCGGUAAAAAGUGGAAGGAGGGAGAACACUACCCCAAAGAUGCAAAGCGUCCCGACUUUGAGAUAGGAGACCGAAGAGACGAGUUGUGA